AUGAUCCUCAAGGUCCGCACUCUUACCGGCAAGGAAGUCGAGAUCGACGUCCAGCCUGAAUGGCAAAUCUCCAAGGUUAAGGAGUGCGUCGAGGAGAAGGCGGCCAUCCCGCCCGUCCAGCAACGUCUGAUUUUCGGUGGCAAGGCAAUGGCCGACGACAAGACAAUCCAGGACUACAAGAUCUCGCCGGGAACGACGAUCCACCUCGUCCUCGCAUUGCGCGGAGGGUUGUAG